AUGGUCGAAGACCCGCCCCUCGCCAUUACCCCCGAGGCCGAACGCCCCGACGCUUCGAUAGAUAUUACCCACUCGCUCGAAUACUGGAACAGCGUCUCGCCAGAUGUCAAUGGCAUGCUUGGCGGGUUUCCCCAAACUUCGCGCAUCGACCUGCAGGGCUCUUCCAACUUCCUGACCAAAUUGCGCCGGGGCAAAUCACAGGCAUCUAAAGAACCGCUGCCAACUCUGGAACGCGUCGCAGACUGUGGUGCGGGUAUUGGGCGUAUAACAAAGGGUUUGCUGCUGGCUGUCAGUAAGAAGGUGGACGUAGUAGAGCCGGUCAAGAAGUUUACCGACGAGUUGGUGCAAAGCCUCGGAAAUGGAGAGUACGCUGGUGAUGGAGAAGACAAGGAUGGAAAGGGUCAGGUGGGCCAAGUCAUAAAUCUGGGAUUGCAGGACUGGAUACCUGAGCCUGGCGCAUACGAUGUCAUCUGGAACCAGUGGUGUGUGGGGCACUUGACCGACGCCCAACUCGUUGUCUACCUACGACGAUGUAGCGAAGGCUUGAAGAAAGCACCAGAAGGAGAUGCGACGAGCAGGAGCUGGGUUGUGGUCAAGGAGAACAUGUCGACCGACAUCCACCACAAGGAUAUCUACGACGAUGAGGACUCAAGCGUCACACGAUCAGAUGAGAAGUUCAGGGCCUUGUUCCAGGAGGCAGGGUUGAAGAUUGUAGCAACGGAGCAACAGAGAGGAAUGCCUAGAGAACUGUUCCCCGUCAGGAUGUACGCGCUCAGACCCGAGUAG